AUGUCGACUAUAAAAGUGGCAAUAGCUACUAACUCUUUGGGCAAAUCACUCUCCGGUCAUACAAUUCAUCGCAAGCUGGAGGCCGCAAAAUCUCAUGGCUUUGAAGGGGUGGAAGUCGCUUUUGAGUGCAUUGAUGCGCAUGCAGCUACUUUCACCUCAUUGAAGACUCGUGAAGACAGACUGCGCGCAGCUGCUUCCGAUAUUUUUGUCAAGGCGUCGUGUCUAUCGCUCAGUCUUAUUGCCCUGAAUCCCUUUAGAGGAUUCGAUGGAUUGAAGCGAUCAUCGGACGUAAAUUUACGACUAAAAGAGGCAGAACUGUGGUGUCAGCUGUGUCAGAUCAUGCGCAUUCCAAUUUUUCAGAUCUGUACGGCCCUUUACCCCGCUGAUGAGCAUGACUUCACCGCCAAUCCAUCUGUGAUCGCCGCAAAUAUGCGAGCCCUUGGUCUACUGGCUCAAAAACAUAACUUAAAAGUUGCGUACGAAGCACCCUCAUGGGGUAUGCACAAAAAUACCUGGCAGCAUGUACAGGAGAUACUAGCUCUAGUUGAUCUUCCUAACGUCGGUCAUUGUCUUGAUACUUUCCAUAUUGCAUCAAAAGAGGCCGGUGAUCCGUUUAAUGUGGAUUCGCCUAUAAAACAAGAUGGACUAAAGCGCCUACGACACAGUUUACAGGAGCUGAAGGAGGCUGUUGAUCCGGCCAAUAUUGUUUAUCUACAACUUAGUGACGCGACACUAGCAGAUCCUAUGCAACGAGGAUAUCCACAAAAAGACUUCAAACAACCUCCCUUCAUGACUCAGUCCAGGAACUGUCGGAUUUUCCCAUGUGAGGAGGAUUUCGGCGGUACGCUGCCUGCCGUCCAAGUCGCCAAAGCUAUUUUCGAUAUGGGAUAUGUGGGGUGGGUGUCCAUGGAAGUCUUCCAUACUGACAUGUUUGAUACGCGAUCAUCGGUACCCGAUUAUUGGGCCGAACGAGGUAUGAACUCCUGGCGUGAGGUCGCCACUCGUUGUGGGCUUGGUCGUCGUGAGAAACUCACCAAACUAUUUACGGUCCCAAAGUUUUCUUGA